CCCGCUACCUCCGCUUUCGAGGCGUCAGCUUCCUGGCCCUUCCCACCUUUAGCGAGACCAACGAGAGGACACCGCCUGCAUAUAGAGCAGCCCGGCCAAGAGCGCAACCGAGUGGCGCGCAAACGUGAGAGGAAAGCCGUGUGUGGCUGCGCUUUCCUGCCCCCGAGCCGUUCUAGAUGCGGGAAAAAUGCUUUCUGAAAGCAGUUCAUUUUUGAAGGGUGUGAUGCUUGGAAGCAUUUUCUGUGCUUUGAUCACUAUGCUAGGACACAUUAGGGUUGGUCAUGGAAAUAGAAUGCACCACCAUGAGCAUCAUCACCUACAAGCUCCUAACAAAGAAGAUAUCUUGAAAAUUUCGGAGGAUGAACGUAUGGAGCUCAGUAAGAACUUUCGCGUAUACUGUAUUAUCCUUGUAAAACCUAAAGAUGUGAGUCUUUGGGCUGCAGUAAAGGAGACUUGGACCAAACACUGUGACAAAGCAGAGUUCUUCAGUUCUGAAAAUGUUAAGGUGUUUGAGUCAAUUAAUAUGGAAACAAAUGAUAUGUGGUUGAUGAUGAGAAAAGCUUAUAAAUAUGCUUUUGAUAAGUAUAGAGACCAAUACAACUGGUUCUUUCUUGCAUGCCCCACUACGUUUGCUAUUAUUGAAAACCUAAAGUAUUUUUUGUUAAAAAAGGAUCCAUCACAGCCUUUCUAUUUAGGCCACACUAUAAAAUCUGGAGACCUUGAAUAUGUGGGUAUGGAAGGAGGAAUUGUCUUAAGUAUAGAAUCAAUGAAAAGACUUAACAGCCUUCUCAAUGUCCCUGAAAAGUGUCCUGAACAAGGAGGGAUGAUUUGGAAAAUAUCUGAAGAUAAGCAGCUAGCAGUUUGCCUGAAAUAUGCUGGAGUGUUUGCAGAAAAUGCAGAAGAUGCUGAUAGAAAAGAUGUAUUUAAUACCAAAUCUGUGGGGCUUUCGAUUAAAGAAGCAAUGACAAAUCACCCCAGUCAGGUUGCAGAAGGAUGUUGUUCGGAUAUGGCUGUUACUUUUAAUGGACUGACUCCUAAUCAAAUGCAUGUGAUGAUGUAUGGAGUAUACCGUCUUAGGGCAUUUGGGCAUAGUUUCAAUGAUGCAUUGGUUUUCUUACCUCCAAAUGGUUCUGACAAUGACUAAGAAGUGGAACAAGAGAAUGUAUAUGAUGACCAUAUAGGACAUCUGUUGUCAUUUUUUGUAGUAAUGACUACAUAUCCAAUAUAGCAGUGUGGUGGGUUUUUUUUUCUAAUUUAGUGGCACUGAUAUAAUCACACAUUAAAGUUUAGUAGUACAUUUUUAAA